AUGAAAGAUUGGCUAAACAUUCCUCUUAUACAGAUCUUCACCCUGGCUGCCUUCAGCUUGACAGAGAAGCUCCCUAAAGCUCCAAUCAUCACCACCCCUCUUGAGACUGUGGAUGCACUGGUUGAAGAGGCAGCCACCUUUGUGUGUGUCGUAAAAUCCUUUCCCCAGGCAGAAAUUACCUGGACACGUAAUAACAUUCCUAUCAGAUUUUUUGAUACUAGAUAUGCCAUACGAGAAAAUGGGCAACUCCUAACUAUUCUGAGUGUGGAAGACAGUGAUGAUGGGAUAUAUUGUUGUACUGCAAACAAUGGUGUAGGAGUAGAAGCAGAAAGCUGUGGGGCAUUACAAGUGAAAAUGAAACCGAAAAUAACUCGUCCACCUUCAAAUCUGAAAAUCAUUGAAGGAUUAAAGGCUGUUUUCCAAUGCACUACAAUGGGAAAUCCCAAGCCUUCAGUUUCCUGGAUCAAAGGAGAAAAUGUUGUAAAGGAAAAUUCUCGAAUUGCUAUUCUUGAAUCAGGCAGUUUAAGGAUUCACGAUGUGCAGAAGGAAGAUGGUGGACACUAUCGCUGUGUGGCAAAGAACAGUCUCGGGACAGCCUACUCUAAACCUGUAAUUCUGGAAGUAGAAGUUUUUGCUCGAAUUCUGAAGGCUCCUGAAUUCUAUAAUGUCAGCUUUGGCUCUGUGGUAACUCUGCAAUGUGCAGCAACAGGCAUUCCAACUCCUACAAUAACAUGGCUUGAAAAUGGAAAAGCUGUGUCAGCUGGAUCCAUUGUAGAAACAGUAGAAGACAGAAUGAUUGAUUCACGGCUGCAGGUUUAUGUCACUCGCCCGGGUUUAUUCACCUGUAUAGCCACUAACAAGCACAGUGAGACUUACGGCACUGCCAAAGCUGCAGCGACUAUUAAUGUUUCAGAAUGGAGCAAAGUCUACAAAGGGGAUGCAGGCUACUGCAGUUCGUAUCGGGGAGAGGUGUGUCGUGGUUUGUUGGCAAAGGAGGCAUUUGUUUUCUUUAAUACUUCCUAUGGAGACCCUGAGGAGACCCAAGAACUGCUUGUUCGCACAGCCUGGGCUGAGCUGAAAACCGUGAGUCCAUUUUGCCGUCCGGCUGCUGAGUCGCUGCUGUGUCACUACAUCUUCCAGGAGUGCAACCCCUCCAGGAUUGGACCUGCUCCAAAACCUGUUUGCAGAGAGCAUUGCCUUGCUGUAAAGGAUCUCUACUGCUUUAAGGAAUGGCUGACGAUGGAAGAAAAUGCCCGCAAAGGCAUUUACAAGCCGGCACUGAUGUUGCUUACUUUGCCAGAGUGUAACAGACUUCCCAGCAUGCACCAGGAACCGACCGUCUGCACCAGGAUCCCACAUUUUGAUCUGAAAAAAGAAGGCACAACAAAAACUUGUUACAAAGGGAAUGGGAUGACCUAUGAAGGUUUGGUGAAUGUCACAGCUUCUGGCCUUCCUUGUCAGAAGUGGAGUGCGCAGGUUCCUCAUGCACAUAGAAAAACACCUGAGAUUUUCCCAGAGCUCCUCAAUGCAAUCAAUUAUUGUCGUAAUCCAGGGGGUGAAAAUGUGCGGCCCUGGUGUUAUACAAGAGAUCCUUCUAUCCCGUGGGAAUACUGCCACAUAGCUCAGUGUGAAGACGAUUCCCUGGCACUAGGAACAGCAAAGAUGAGUACAGCACCUCCACAUUUCCCUUUCUUCUCUCCUACCUAUUCCAUGACUGUCAUCAUCUCUGUCAUCUCCAGCUUUGCGAUGGUCAUCAUUCUCAUUGUUACAGUCCUGGUUUGUUGUCGGAGGCGCAAGCAAUGGAAAAACAAAACAAGAGAAUUGGCACCACCAGCUCUGACAACUCUUCCUUCGGAGCUCUUGUUGGACAGGCUGCACCCCAAUCCUAUGUACCAACGCAUGCCUCUACUUCUGAAUCCCAAAUUAUUCAGUUUGGAAUAUCCACGAAAUAAUAUUGAAUAUGUGAGAGAUAUUGGGGAAGGUGCUUUUGGACGGGUUUUCCAAGCAAGGGCUCCUGGACUGCUUUCUUACGAACCUUUCACAAUGGUUGCAGUGAAGAUGCUCAAAGAAGAAGCUUCAGCAGACAUGCAGGCUGAUUUUCAAAGGGAGGCAGCUCUCAUGGCUGAAUUCGACAAUCCAAACAUUGUCAAACUUUUAGGGGUAUGUGCUAUCGGAAAGCCCAUGUGCCUGCUUUUCGAAUAUAUGGCGUUUGGAGACCUAAACGAAUACCUGCGUAACCGAUCACCACGCAGCCUCUGUAACCCAACCAACAACAACCUCGAGCCAAAGAUCAGACCCUCUAGCCUCAACGUGCUCACUCUUUCUUGCACUGACCAGCUCUGCAUUGCCAAACAGGUAGCAGCCGGAAUGGCCUACCUUUCAGAACGCAAGUUUGUCCACCGGGACCUGGCCACCAGGAACUGUUUGGUAGGAGAAAACAUGGUGGUUAAAAUUGCUGACUUUGGCCUCUCCAGAAAUAUGUACUCGGCAGACUAUUACAAGGCCAACGAAAACGAUGCCAUCCCCAUACGUUGGAUGCCCCCGGAAUCUAUCUUCUACAACCGUUAUACCACCGAGUCCGAUGUCUGGGCCUACGGGGUGGUCCUAUGGGAAAUUUUUGCCUUUGGCAUGCAACCCUAUUAUGGGAUGGCUCACGAGGAAGUCAUUUAUUACGUCAGAGAUGGGAAUAUCCUGUCGUGCCCAGAUAACUGCCCUUUGGAGUUGUAUAACUUGAUGCGCCUUUGUUGGAGCAAGUUGCCUUCGGAUAGGCCGAGCUUCGCAGGCAUCCACCGUAUUCUGGAGCGAAUGUACGAGAGGGCAAUGGCUACUGAACAGGUGUGA